AUGUCGCCUGCGGGCACUGCAUCUUCUGCGAGGCAGGCUGAGCCUGUGCUAACCCGACUCGUCGACUUGGACGAUACGCCUUGGUAUAGGAAAAGGAAUCUCCGCAGGCUCUACGCGUUGUUACUACCAACAUGCAUCGGCAUCGAGAUGACUUCCGGCUUUGAUUCGCAAAUGAUCAAUGCUGUACAAAUCGCGCCAGCAUGGCAUGACUACUUCAACCACCCUCGAGGUGCGCUUCUAGGUAUUAUCUCCGCCGCAUACAAUCUAGGGGCUAUCUGCUCUUUGCCAAUUGUGCCAUAUGUAAACGAUACCUUCGGAAGACGUUGGGCAAUCUUUAUAGGGUCUUGGAUCAUGGUCGUUGGAUCAUUAGUUCAAACGCUAUCAGUUAGGGUUGGUAUGUACAUUGGAGCGAGGUUCUUACUUGGAUUUGGAAUUCCAUUCUGCAUUAUUGCGGGUUCUUCCUUGAUGGGCGAACUCGCAUAUCCGAAAGAACGGCCCAUCAUGACAUCACUCUUCAACGCGUUGUGGUUCGUCGGGUCACUUAUCGCGGCUGGAAUAUCCUUUGCCACGCUUAGUAUCAAGAGCGACUGGGCUUGGAGAGUACCCUCUAUACUUCAAGCCGCCCCCUCGCUGCUCCAAAUCAUUUUCAUCUUCUUCAUACCCGAAUCACCCCGCUUCCUCAUCUCAAAAGACCGUCACAAAGAAGCCUGGCAUACAAUUGUAACCUAUCACGCAGAAGGCGACUACACUUCACGCUUUGCCGCCGCCGAAAUGGCCCAAAUCCACCAUACGAUCCGCAUUGAACUUGCGAACUCCAAGCGCUCCUGGCUCGAACUCCUCACCGUCCCCGGUCUGCGCAAACGUGUAAUCAUAGGUUCAUUCCUCGGCGUCUUUACUCAGUGGAGCGGCAACACCCUCUUAUCAUACUAUCUGAACGACUUGCUGGGUCUGAUUGGCUACAAUGAUCCAGAGUUCAUUGGUAAAAUCAACGUGGGUUUGAACAGUUGGAAUUUGGUAAAUGCUGUGAUCAUCAGCUUGCUGGUCAGACGGUUUCCACGACGAAAGAUGUACCUGAUAUGUGCGAGCAGUCUGUUGUGUUGCUAUAUCAUAUGGACGGUCGCCGUACAGCAGUACACAACAACGCGGAAAUUGGCACCGGCAAGACUGACGAUUGCGAUCAUCUUCAUUUACCAGGCAUGUUAUAAUAUUGGAUACAACGCCUUGACAUACACAUUCCUGGUAGAAUUGUUUCCAUUUGCACAUCGCGCAAAAGGUAUCACGAUAUUUCAAUUCUUUGGCCGUUCAGCCGCAUUUUUUACCACUUUCGUUAAUCCAAUCGGGCUGAAUACUAUCAAAUGGAAGUGGCUCAUUACCUAUUGUGCCUGGCUGGCUUUCGAGAUCCUUUUCAUUUACUUCAUGUUUCCUGAAACCUACGGUCGUACACUGGAAGAACUCGCCUUCCUGUUUGAAGACCGCGCGCGCGCGGAAGAAGCAACUUUCAAUGUGGAAAAGCAGAUGGAACACAGCGACCACAGAUAUAGCCGGAUGGACGAACAAAUGAGUUGGGAGAUGGACGUUGUAAUACCAGGGGAUAAUAAUGACGAGGAACGAAUGCGACGAGUUUCUGGUUCGGGGCAAAAGCAAGCCAAUGCGAGCUGGUGGGAAGAAUGA